AUGUCUAAAACCAAUAUGAGUGUCACAAAUCUAGAAUAUAGUUCUCAAUUCAAGGAAAUUCUACACAAAGCAGAAUUAGGCUCUCCAGCUAUGUUUCAUGAUUUGGAUAAUUGCAAUAACUUGCCAGAAAAAAAUGGGCCCAAUAACCCCUUUGUUCAAGCUUUAGUCGUUUAUACUUUGAUUGAAUUGUAUGGUGAUUUGCCUAAUGGCUAUUUUCAAGACAAAAAAGUCACUACCUCUAUCGUUAAUGCAAUUCUAAGAGUUUUUACUUUUCUUAGUGGACAUAUUAUUAGAAAUAUUGACAAGCAUUGUAUUCGAGAAGCCAUUAAAAAAUCACAUGAAUAUAGAAGGCUUUUCAAGUAUUUUAUUGAUAACUGUUCAUGUCUUUCCUUUAAUGGAAAAAGCUUUGAUCUUUCGCAAGAGUUACUGAAUAUUGCUAAUUAUACUUCAACAUCUUCCCGUUCUCUUUUGGUAAAUCCUAAGUAUAAGUUACCUCCUUUAAUUGUUAGUAAAAUCAAUAAGGACUUACCUCGAAACAUGCAACUUAAAACAACAAAAGUUAGAAUUAUAAGUAAUAUCUUUUUAAAAAAUUGUGCUUAUUUAAAAGAUUUUAAUAGCAUAUUAACAGUGAAUACCACACAAUAUAAUAUAAAUACCAGAGCCGUACAUCUUAACCUUCGCACGGAUAACUAUUUAAACAAUGAUGACACUAGCGGUGGUAAAAACGUUAAUAACAACUAUAGCAACAACAGUAACAACUAUAAUAAUAAUAAUAAUAAUAAUAAUAAUAAUAAUAAUAAUAAUAAUAAUAAUGACAUUGAAAAUAAUGAUAGUCGUAGUGUCAGUAACAAUAGUAUUUCUAAUAGCAAUAACGAUAGCAGUAAAGGCAGCAACAACAAUAAUAGUAUGUCUAGUUUCGAUAUUAAUAAUAAUAAUAAUUCAAGGGUUCCUUAUGGUAGCAAUAACCACGUGCAUAGUGAGAAUGAUAAUGCAGCUUCUUUUGCUAAUAGUAUUGCUCCAACUGGUGUUAACCCUUUUAAUAGGAACAACAUUGUUUCUGGAACAACGAACUACGAUAAUGGGUUUAAUGUUAUUAGAAAAAGAAGAAGAAGCAGAAGCAGAAGCAGAAGCAGAAGCAGAGUAUGUGUUGUUGAAAAGCUUAUUGCCCAAAAGGUCGAAUCUUUUUUGAAUAGAACAGAAGAUACUGAUACUUUUACUAUGAUUUGUACAUUUUUGGAGUCUGGAUUUAUUAACAGAUACGAAUACAACUUACUGCAUGAUAUUCUAAAUGAUAUUGAUAACCAUUAUAAUAUAAUACUAUGUACAAUUAAUAAGAAAAGAAGAAAGUUUUUUGCAACAGAGAAUGAUUACGCAAAAAGAGACAACGGGAUCAAUUUUUUACGUUCGAUUGUAACUGAGUUAAAAGCUGUUUAUCCAGAUUUUAAGAAUUUUUCAGUUUUAAAUUCUCAUAUUAAUAGGGCUAACCCAAAUAUAGAUACCUUCAAUGCAUUAGAGAAUACGAAUGAGUAUUCCCAUAACACUGAUGUCGAUGAAAAUAAAAACACAAAUGAGCGGGGUUCUGAAUAA